AUGCUUCAUUUGGUGCCACCGCAGUGGCGUGAUCCCAUGCAGUGGAGCUUCCUAUGUGCAGCAUCGUUCGUACGAGCCAUAAGCUGGAUUAUGCGUUAUGCAGGUGUCGUUUGUGUCGCCAUUGGCAUGGCGCUUUUAUUCCUCAUAGGAGGACUCGUAAUGCACGCGAUUAUUCCGAUAAUGGCUGAAACGAUUUUUCAGUUAUUGUGCCAUUUAAUCAUCGCACUCGUACUGCUAUUUAAUAUCUACUUUAAUUAUGCACUCUGUUGUGCUACAGACCCGGGAGUUAUUUCAGCCAAGUGGAUGAUGGAGACAGAUAUUUGGGACGUACAAGUAGAGAAGACCAAUGACAAGGUGGAAGACGAUGAAGAGGAAGAAGAGGAUCUGGAGCGAGGAGUCGAUGGUAAUCAGCUGGACAAUGUCGACAAGAAACUUCUGUUUAGAGUUCGACCUAGUGCAAAGACUCUGGAAGACGACGGUCGAGUACAAUUACCAACACUUCAGCUAGUGGAUUCGCAGAGUUUGCAUAUGGCUAAACCUCGACGUGGUUAUCACCCGAGCGUCGACGAUGGUGUUUCGUACUGCCGAAGGUGCCGUCAUUUUCGACCGCCUCGGGCUCAUCAUUGUUCCGUGUGUAAUCGGUGCAUUGCUCACUUGGAUCAUCACUGCCCAUGGGUGAACAACUGCAUUGGGCGUGACAACUAUCGGUACUUUUUUUCUUUUCUAUUGUGGCUAGCGGUAGGCUGUUGUUAUGCUGCAUGCAUGAGCUACAAGGCGGCUUACACUGAACUGGGUCGUGAACAAUAUGCUAGAAUGCUCGUGCUCGCCACAGUGAGCUCGCUUCGUAUGUCUGCAUUAGACACCCUCCAGUUUGCUUUUGCCAUGUCUGCGGCUGCGGGCUUAGCCGUAAUAAUUCUUGCAACUUGGCAUGCCUUCCUCAUUGCCACUGCACAGACGUCAGUGGAGUUGCAGAUCAAUCGCUCUCCGCGCAAUCGACGUCUCCAUGGUGGAAAAGUGCACGCGCUUUCCACCAAAUCCGCGGACCCUCAGUCAGAAAAAAAGACUGCCGUCCACGAGGAAAAAACAAAUGAUGCGACAGGAUCUUCUCCGGGCGGUAUGGUAUAA